CUUGCCUCUUGGCAACCGGGAAAGAUGAAAACACUUCAAGUGGGCUUCGAAGGGACCCAUUCCCUUUUAUUUUGGGUGGUGUAACAAAUUCACCGGUUUUCAUGAAUCACAAAGAGAGUCACAGUUGACCUUCUCUUUCCGUAUCCUCCUCCAUCGUCACCCUCCCUCUGCCAUACUCUUACUGUUUCCCACUUCUCUAUUCUAUUUUAAGCCAUCUCCUCUCAACCAUCCACUCUUUGAUUCUUUGCUCUUUUAAAACCUCACAUCUCUCACUCAACUCAUUCCAAUUUCUCUCUUAUACAUACACUCUUUGCGUAUACUGACUGUUCUUCAUCUGGGUUCUUCGUUUCUCGUCCAAAGAUUGAAAAUGAUGCAUGAAAAAGCAAUCCUUGAUCCCGGUGGAGAAAUGGAAGUAAGUUUCGAAUAUCAAUGCAACACCACCGAUGGAUACGACAUUCCCACCGGAAAAAAGCUCGUAAGAAACAACAGUUCUUUCACUUGUCUCUCAGGAGCAGCCAUUAGCGCCAACGCAACAUUAGCAAACACAAAUAUCUGCAACGGAUUAAUCAGUUCAGAAAUUCUCCCAUCGAUCGAUUCCCCCAAAUCAUUUCGAAGAAUACCGUCUUCUCCAUCGUUCUCAAAAUUAGAUCUACUAUCGUCUUCUUUCCAAAGCAGUAUGUCUAAUCUGAGUUGUAGUCCAUCAACCCCUGAAAAUCUCGAUUUCGAUUCGUUUCUAUCAAAACCCUUGAGUUUACCUUCGAGAAGCGAAGAUUUUCUUAACGCGAUUGAAGUGCAAGUCGCUGGUGGUGCCGCCGGUGAAGAUAGGGUUCAGGCGGUGUGCUCGGAGGAGAACGGUUGGCUUUUCUGCGCGAUUUACGAUGGGUUUAAUGGACGGGAUGCGGCUGAUUUUUUAGCGGGUACGUUUUAUGAAACGAUUAGGUUUAACCUAAAUUCAUUAGACAUCGAUUACUCCAACGAAUUUACAAAUGGAUUUGACGAUUACUUUCUUGGAGAUGGUGACAUGGGGGUAGUCCCCCGACGACCUAAAAAUCAAGUUCUUGAAAGCUUACAGCGUGCGCUCAAUCAAGCGGAAAAUGAUUUCUUGUUUAUGGUUGAACAAGAAAUGGAGGAUCGACCCGAUAUAGUUUCAGUCGGAUCUUGUGUUCUUGUUGGCCUUAUUCAUGGAAAGAAUCUGUACAUACUCAAUUUAGGCGAUAGUAGAGCAGUUUUAGCAACCGAUGAUGAUGAAAAUGAAAACAAAAACAAAAUCAAUGAAUUUACAGGGUUGAAAGCAGUGCAGUUAACAGAUAGUCAUACAGUUGAUAACGAAUUUGAAAGAAGCCAAGUUAUUAGCGAACAUCCUGAUGAUCCAAAAACAAUCAUGCAUGGAAAAGUGAAAGGAAAGUUAAAGGUUACUAGGGCUUUUGGCGUUGGGUAUUUGAAAAAGAAAGUUCUGAAUGAUGCUUUGAUGGGUAUUCUUCGUGUUCGUAAUCUUCUAAGUCCUCCAUAUGUUUCUGUCCAACCAUCGUUGUAUAUGCAUGAAAUUUCAAGCUCUGAUCAUUUUGUGAUAUUUGGAAGUGAUGGUUUAUUUGAUUUUUUCACCAAUGAGGAAGCUGUGAAGCUUGUUCAUUCUUAUAUAUCCACCAAACCAUCUGGAGAUCCAGCCAAAUAUCUUUUGGAGCAGCUUGUUCUCAAAGCCGCUUGUUCUGCAGGUUUUAGUACGGAAGAGCUAAUGAGUGUUCCGGCUGGGAGGAGAAGGAAAUAUCAUGAUGAUGUGACGGUUAUUGUUAUAAUCCUUGAAAACCAGAGUCUAAGUUUUAACAGUUACAGUGGUCGUCCCAGAUGAUAGCAACAAGGGCGACUGACAUGGCUCAUCCUUCCAAGGGGCUCCAAAAUUUUUGGCAUUAUGUUAGGAGUCAUAGU